AUGAAAAUCCAGGCGAAAUGUCUGAGAAAAGCAGAGUUGAGCGAUUUUGCUGUCAAGUUUAUGGUGAUGAUUGACGUCCCGAAAAUUGAUGUGUUCCUUCUUAUUGACUACUCAAAACAAUUGGAAGAAAAUGGCGGUUGGGAAACUCCCGAGAAUUCCAUUGUUAAACAAAAGCCGAUUUGCAAUAUUGAACGACACGAUGCUAAAGAAUUAACGGAAGACGAGUUUCUGAAACGCUACGCCUAUUCGGAACCCGUAAUAAUUUACAAUGUCGACAAUUCGAAGUUUCAAAAGCUUACCGAAAAACAGGAGAUGAUGAAAACUUGGGCUGACGUCGACGUUACGCUUAAUUCAGCGAACACUUAUAGCUAUACGAGAGUUCCUACAACUUUCGGAAACUAUAUUGAAGAGCGGAUGAAACCGCAAAGUCUUGAUGUUCUAGGAAAUGAAACACUUUAUCUUUUCGGCGAUAUUGAUCCCAAAGUCUGGAAGCCUCUUCUCGACAACUAUAAGCUUCCAGAAUGGCAAUUACCUGGUCACAGUCCCGCAUUGAGUUUCGGCAUUGCUGGCGCCGGAACCGGUAUCCCAUUCCACUUUCAUGGUCCUGGAUUUGCCGAAGUCGUCCACGGAAGUAAACGUUGGUUUUUAUAUGCUCCCGAAGACCGACCUGACUGGAAUCCGGAUAAGACUACAUUGGAAUGGUACUUGAACGAUUAUCCAAAUUUGCCGACGGAGAAAUUGCCAUUGGAAUGCGAGAUGAAGCCAGGAGAGCUAAUUUAUUUUCCCGACAAAUGGUGGCACGCCACUUUAAAUAUCCAAUCCAGUGUCUUUAUUAGCACGUUUCUAAGUCCUUAA